UCGUUCGGUUUGGAAAAGCUUCCGAGUAGAUUUCGGGAUUUCCACGGGAUAAGCGGUUGCGGAUGCCACGCCGGAGGGAAAACGACAAGCAGCAGCAACAAGUUGGCAAAAGUGUCCAUGCAAUAUAUAAAGCGAGUGCUGUGAUACGGAUCGACUGUAAAUGCUCUCGAACCACCGACAGAAGCGGGCUCCUGAAGAAGAUUACGACCCACAAAGCUGCUUCAUUGGUAGUGGCUCUCGGGCUGUUGAGAAGCCAUCGCGCGGUUAGGAUAAAUCAGGAUCAGCAGCAUUGAGUGUUUAUUGAGUGCUAUUCCGUGGUCGCGAGUGGCUUGACCAAUCGAGUGUGGUGUGGUGAGGGGACUUCUGCUUCGGUGAAAAGAUUUCCUCCCAUCGCCGUUGACCAAACAUUAGAAAGGCGGUUUCCUUUCUUCCUGCAUGGGAAUGUGCGAUAAUGUGAAGUGAAGACACGACGGAAUUCGAAUCGAGUACAACAAGCAUUCCGGACGGUUAGUGGCGCGGUGUGAGACGCGCGAUAGUGGGAAGCCGUGAAAAACUGUGGCCGGAAAUUAAAAUAUUUCUUCGAGUCCGGAGGACUCAUUAUUGAUACAAGUGCGAAAGAGCAGUCGCAGCCUAGCAGCAGAAUCAACGGGCGCGAACAGCAGCCGUGACAAAAGGACCCACCUGUUCCAGUGCCAAAAGUGAAACCCACACCUUGCGACAAAAUGCGCCCAAGCACAACGCCGGUGGUCAUCAUGAGCUACACCGCCAUCGUCCUCAGUCUGGCCUGUGUGGCGUACGGUUCGGCGGGGCUUGGAUCCAGCUCGGGCACAUCGGACCAUUCGCUGUUCAGCAGUGGGACCGCGGGCGGCGGUGGUAGCUCAGAAUCCGACAUCGGGGACGACCGGGGCCAACAGGAGAUCUCCCAGUCCACCUACCAGCACUUGCUGGCUGUGCGUUCGCCCAAGUACAACUUCGGACUCGGCAAGCGGAGGUACGUCAUCGAGGAUGUUCCCGGAGCGAAGCGGUUGCCCCACUACAACUUCGGGCUGGGAAAGCGAGCCAGUUUGUUGGACUACGAAGAAGAUAAUGUACCCAGUUGGAGCGAUGACUAUUCCUCACUGAUAUCGAAAAAUGCUCUGGACUAUGAUAGUGAUAAGGAUCAAUCGGCAGAGAAACGUUCAUCAGCAGCCUACCGGUAUCACUUCGGUCUGGGAAAAAGACGAGCAUACGACUUCGGACUGGGCAAGCGUCAGUAUGAAGACAAACGUCUCCCGAAUCGAUACAACUUUGGUCUUGGCAGACGUUAAUACGAACAGGCGACCACCAACCGCAAUCCACCUGAGUCGUGUCGAAAUUCACUGGAUCGGAUGAUCACUGUUGGGCCCGAAAAUAAGACACGAACAAUGACUGCAUACACAUCCCAUCAACAGAGCGGCAUGCCCCCAGAACACUUAUCCAAUCUGCUACCAACGAAUGUUUUGUUUUGUUUGCGUUGUUUUGAAUGAACAUGUGUGACCUAUACAACAAAUCAUACUUUAAUCUAUCGUGCCAUUGCUACUAAUCGACAUCAACUGUUAAAAUACCAAACUACCGAGAAGGAGACGUGUGCUAAUGUGCCAAAAACAUAUAUAUUUAAAAUCUUAGACUCAAUGUGUGUAAUAUAUUGUUAAGAGAAACUAUUAAAUAUGGUUUACAAAACACAGGAUAAAUCGAUGGUCAACUUUUUUUGGAGAGCAUGAACCAGUCUGGACGGAUGUAUCAAGCAAAUUCCAUGGACCAGCACACAUGGGCCACUGUACAUCAACGCUUUGAUCUAUUUGAUAUAGUAGAGAGCCCUACUGUAAAUAAGAAAUCACCGAACGCAAAAUAUCACUGAAUUCCAACCCUAAUCUUCUGAUUUGUUGCAAAAUGGCCGACUUCGCAAAAAAAUCCAGCCGCAUUAUUUAAAAAAAACUAUUUUCCGCUUCAUACUUGACCAAGGUUUGUAGAAAAAAGAAGAAGCGAGUUACCGGGGGAGCAAGCAAUUAACAAUCAAAGGAACCCAUGAAGUCGAACACUAUGGGAAGCAGGGCAUUGAAAUGGUUAAUUGAAAUAACUUCAUAAAAUUUAUACACGUACCGUUGUUCAUGCAAACUGUUUUACAAACCCGUAUUUUAAACUAGCAAACCAUAAUGUUAUGACCAGUGUAUAAGUAAAAAAAGACAUUAUCAAUAAUAAAGAAGCGCAUUUUAAAUGAAUGUAUACACAAGCAAAGGAAACACUAUGCAUCAAUUAUUGAGAGCUAUCAAAGCAAAAAUCUACAUAUUGUAAUAUAACAAGCAACCAAGCGAAACCAAUGAAGAGAAUAAAGCUGAGCCGGACGUUAGGAAGGCAACUGAA